AUGGCUUAUGUGCAAUCAAAAGUCGUGAAGAAAAGACUCCAAGAGAAAAGAAGAGUCAGUGGAGCCUCUUUGUUAAGGGAUGAGUUGAACAAUGAUUCAGGAAACGAUUCACUUCUAGAUGGUUUACCAGCUUUCCAGCAAAAUAAAGGUGUGAUGAUGGCUAAUUUUGAAGAAUGGAUCAAAAUGGCUACUGAUAAUAAAAUCAACACCACCAACAGUUGGAACUUUGCUUUGAUCGAUUAUUUCCAUGAUUUAAAUGUGUUGAGAGAGAAGGAUAACAACAUCAAUUUCCAAAAAGCGAGUGCCACUUUAGAUGGUUGUGUUAAAAUUUACUCUUCUAGAGUUGAUUCAGUGGCUACUGAGACUGGUAGGUUACUAAGUGGUCUAGCUGCUAGAAAACAGAUGGAGGCAGAAAAAGCCAAAGAAGCUGCGAUAGAGGAAGGUGAUGAAGAAGAUGGUGAUGAUACAAAUGCAGAAUAUGAGGACGGUGAUCAACAACAAACAAAAAAGAAAAAAUCAAGAGCAUCUAAAACCAAAGAACUGACCGAUACUUUGGUGUCUUUUGACUCAAUUAGGGUCAAAAAGUUGUCACAAGAACUAAGUAUUGAUCCUUUAUUCAAAAAGACACUUGCUGAGUUUGAUGAAGGUGGUGCUAAAAGUUUAUUAUUAAAUACUUUGAACAUGGAUAACCAUACAAGGGUUGUUUUUGAUGCUACAACAGGUGACCAACAACAAGAGGACAAAAUUGAGGAAGGUGAAAGAGAUGAACAUGAGGAGCGUGAUAUUGAAAUGUCCGGUAUGGACGAAGAAGAUAUUGACAUAAGCGUAUUUAAAGACUUUAUAUUUCAGGAUGAAUCAGAUAUGGAUUCACUAUUGUUAUGUCCAUCAUUUGGUCAUUUGGAAUCUGUGUUGAAAGAUGUCAAAAAGGCUAAAUCUAUUUUGAAUGAUGUUAAUCAACAAAACAUAAGUAUCCCUGGAGAUGAUGAACACACAAAUGCAGGGCCCGGAAACAAUGAUAUGGAUUUUGAUUUUGAUUUCGGGGGUGACUAUGACGAUGAUGGUUCUUUUGGUAACUUGGAUCAAGAAGCUGCAGCUGUUUUGUUCAACGAUGAGACACACGCUGAAAAUGAAGACGAUACUAGGGUAGUAGCCAAUGUUGUUGACCACGAUUUAAUGGCCUAUUUUGAUCAUACAUUAAAGCGUAAUUGGGCUGGUCCUGAGCAUUGGAAAGUUAAACAAUUGAAAAAAGAUAAGGCACAACAACUUCAACCCUUACUGAAUGGAACUGAUAAGAAAAGAAAGCCUAAGGAAGAGUUCAAGAUAGAUUUUAUGGAAGAUAUGGAUGAAGAUGAAGAAGAAAAGCUAUUUGCAAAGAGUAAGGUUGCCACAACAUUAUCUGCUGAACAACAAGAGUCGACUGAUAGUCAUUUGUUACCAGAUGAUCUGUAUUUUUCCUCUGAGCAGUUGGUUAGAUUGUUUUUGAAACCAGAUCAAAAGCUUAAAAUUUUCCAAAAAAGGGUCAAAUCAGAUGAUACUAUAAAUCAUCAGCCUCAGCCAAAAGAUGAACAAGAGGUUGCUGAUGCCAACUUUUGGGCUGAUAAUUAUAAGGAGCAAGAAACAAGAGUGGACGAUGAACCAAGCUUUUACGGAGGAAAUGAUGAUUAUGAUUUUGGGUAUGAUGCUGGGGACUUUGGUGAUGAUGAUAUAGGUAAAGGGGACUCUAAUGAAACAAAACUUGAUUUUGGUACACAACUAAUAACAGGUGGAAAUAAAGUCAAACCAGAGUAUGUCAACUAUUCCAAGACUGCCAAAAACGUUAAUGUUAAAUACUUGAAAGACAAUUUAUGGCAAUCACUCGAAGGGAAGAAACUUGAUACCGAACAACAAGAUGAAAAACAAUUCAGUGAUGUUAUCAAAGAUAUAGGGAAAUUGUACCCAAAGGAAGAGAAAAAGGACUUAUCCACCAGUUUUUGUUUCAUUUGUCUUUUACAUUUAGCUAAUGAACACUCCUUGACAUUGGAGAGUAACGAUCAAUUAACAGAUCUCCAGAUCAAAGGUCUUAAGGCUCAAUAAUCUAUAGAUUAAUGCAUUCAAAAAGUGAGUUUAUGGUAUAAUGUAGUGCCCCUUACCAGUUUCCGGGUUGUGUUUCAGGAUUUCGCGAAUUUGCUCAACCGAAAAAGUUCCAGAAUUUGCAGGUUGAAAAAGCGGGACUUUGAAGUUUGAUCCUAACGUCAUCAUACAAUAGGCAGAAAGCAUCCAGAUAUUGGAACUUGAACUUUCAAUUCUGUUCAACAUUCUUUUUAGUGUUUUUGAAAUUAUUGUGUUCUUUUAGGCUUCGAAUACUUUCAUCAAUUUUUUAAAUUCUUGUGUCAAAAGAUCAAAUUUCCUCGAAAACUGACACACACA